GGAAGUUUUCUACUCGUAGAAGAAACGAAGAAGACGAGGAACAAACGUAGCAAGAGUUCUUCGAUGGAAUAGUAAAAUGUCGAUCGUUUUUGUGCCCCAGAAACUUCGCGGGGAUGCCAAAAUCAACCAGGAAACCAUACAGAGGCUACUGGACGAAAACGACCAGUUAAUACGAUGCAUUGUCGAGUACAUGCAGAAGGGACGCGCCGUGGAGUGCGUUAAAUAUCAACAAUUCCUGCACCGUAACAUCGUGUACCUGGCAACUCUGGCCGACGCCAGCCCGCCGGACAACGUGCCUCCAUCCACGUUUUCGUCAUCAACUGAGGCAAAUUGCGACCAAGGCACAGCCUCCUCGCAGCCCAACGCCAACACCAUUGAAGGAAGUUGAUACUGACCAUACCUCUUCAUUAGUAUUAUUAUUAUUAUUAUUAUUUAUGUCAUGCCACGCCAUUCUGCCUCAUUUGAUUUACUUUUGCACAUGAAGGAGUGUUUGGGUCACACUGGAAAAAAAAGAUCAUUUACUUGAAAUUUUAAAAGAAAAGUUGUAAUUUUACAAUAAAGUCAUAAUCAAAUGAGGGAAAAU